AUUAAGGUUUGUCUUGGUGUGGGUGUUUUGUGUCCCCAUUUUAGGUACCUUGGGUCAUGCAUUCAAUCGAAUCCACCAGAAGCAUGAGAAACAGCAAAAGCCAGAUACACGAUUCUUCCUCCAUUGACACCCAACCACCGCGUCCCAAGCGGGUUUAUCAAGUUUGGAAAGGAAAUAAUAAUUUUUGCUGUGGUGGGAGGGUGAUACUUGGUCCCGAUGCUUCAUCACUUUUCUUAACGUCGUUUUUGAUUGGAUGCCCCGCGAUUGCCUUCUGCAUAAAGAUGGCGAUGCAUAUGAAGCCCCAAGAUACAAUAUUUAAACAUAAAAUAUUGCUUGGGGGACUCAUACUCACUGUUUUGGAUUUAGGGUUUCUGUUUCUGACAAGCUUUGGAGAUCCUGGAAUAAUACCCAGAAACGCAAAACCGCCGGAAUGUGCGGACGAUGAUGAUGUGUGCAAGAGCGCGUCGUUCGAUUGGGUGAAUGGUAAGGUCAACAGCCUGAGAUUGCCCAGGAUUAAGGAAGUUAAAUUGGCGACGGGUGAAACGGUUCAAGUCAAGUUUUGUGAAACCUGUUUGUUGUAUCGAACUCCCCGCGCAUCUCAUUGCUCCAUUUGUAACAACUGCGUCCAGAGGUUUGACCAUCAUUGUCCAUGGGUGGGUCAAUGCAUCGGAGAACGCAACUACACAUUCUUCAUAUGUUUUAUAUCAUCAUCAACGACGCUAUGCAUAUAUGUAUUCACGUGCUCUUGGGUGAACAUUCUUAAACAAGAUUGCGGCUUCUGGACAGCCGUAUCUCGGGAUGUUACAUCCGUUAUUCUCAUUCUGUAUUGCUUCAUCGUCGUCUGGUUCGUCGGUGGCCUCACCGUUUUCCAUUUCUACCUCAUUUCCACUAACCAGACCACCUACGAGAGCUUCCGGUACCGGUACGAUCGGAAGGCGAAUCCUUUCAACAAAGGCAUAUUGAGAAACUUCAGGCAAGUGCUGAUUUCAAGGAUCCCGCCUUCGUUGAACAAUUUCCGGGCAUGGACAUCGGAAGACGACAACGGUCUUUCAGCCAUUGAGGACAGCGUCAAUGGUUCCAAACGCAAUCCCGACGUCCCCAAGCUUUUGCACAAGGUCGACUUUGAUGGUUUCGACAAUAAUUCCGCUUCCAUUCCCAAGAACCAAGAUAGAACUAAAUUUGAUAUAGCUUGAUGAUUAAAUGACCAACCCCUUAGGCUGUAAAGAUGAACCGUUUGUA